AUGGCCUCUCCGACCGCCGGCAGCCCCGGCGUCCACUCCCCUCCGCGGCACGGGGUUUCCGACAGGCUCUUGGCGACGAGCUCGCCUCAAGGCAGAGCCGCGCGGCCAAGUGUCUCCGAACUCCGCACAGGCAAGCUUGUCGAUGAGUCCAAGACGGCAAGGCCUUCCAAAGGUUCACCUCUAGUAUGGCGAGCGAAACCGCUCGCUCCCUCGCCGUCUGUCGAGGCUCUCGGCUUCGACGAACCGUCCUUGCCAUCGAACAUGGCCAUGGUCCAGCAGAACUUCGACGCAGACCAAGUCUCCUUCGACUCCGCCGACUGCAGGAACGCCGUGCCUUCGUCCGAGUACGACGCCGCUCAGGGUGAAGACGAGUCCGAAGGCGGAACGGAAUUCGAAGAGCAGCAAACGCGUGCGCAGACCAAUGCAACCUCUGAUUUGGAUUAUUGCUACAGUGUGAACCGCCUGAAGUCAACGGGGUCAGACCAGGUUUUGUCCCCCGGUCUUUCUGGAGAGUUGCACUCAGCUGGCGACGCGAGGACUUGCGGCAGCUUGAGCGUCGCCACGGAGCCAGCGGCGAACGAAAGUCCAGAGGCGGCAGCGUACGCAGGCGCAACGCUGCUCACCGCGCCUCUGUGCCCCGUCGCAGACGAGGCAAACUUCCCCCAGAGCAACGGGAGCGAGUCGAGCUUGCACAGCCACACGAGUCGACUUUCUGAGGAGGUCCUCGCACAGCUCAACCAGAAACAGAAGUCGAUCUCGUCGAGCAGCAGUCGGGCGCAGCUUCUCCUCGGCCAACGCGCCGAAGGGCCAAUCUCCCAGCUGGAACACGACGGGGCGUCAGUCUUGCACUACUUGACCGAACUCGGGCAGACGUUCGGGGGGCCGAGUCUAGAGGAGUUGAUGAAAUUCCAAGCGGAGCUGUCGCCACGCCAAGAUGACGACGAAAUCAGUUUCGAGCUCUCCCAAGACUCCGAAAGCGAGAGGGCCGUUUCGCCGGUCAACGAAGCCAACGUCUGUAUCGGACCGAGUGACGACCGAGGCCCCAUCAACCUCCCGACCGAGUUCGCAUCCGCGAGCGGUUUUUGGGACAGAAACGCAACUGAAAUGCAUCCCGUGACUUCAAACAGCCCGACCCCUGUUCCAGCAGUGCCUCACAGCCAACCCUCAGACGGUGCACACCCUUCCCCCGCCGUCACCCCCUCCCGACCAUCCCCCGCUGCCGUCACCCCCUCCCGACCAUCCCCCGCUGCCGUCACCCCCUCCCGACCAUCUUCCGCUGCCGUCGCCGCCUCCCGCCCUUCCCCCGCUGCCGUCGCCGCCUCCCGACCAUCCCCCGCUGCCGUCGCCGCCUCCCGACCAUCCCCCGCUGCCGCCGCCGUCGCUCCGCGCUUGCUGAAGAAGCCUGCGCCGAAAGCGAAGCAGCCCGCGCCGGCGAAAGAAACAGGUCCAUCUCGGCCACGCGGUCGCUGUCCACCUGCCGCGAAACCUGUACCCUCGCAUGCAGUCGCCUCCGCACUAGGAGUGUCUCGCAACGCGCGGACUGUCUCCACGGCCCCAGCUCACCAAGCGAAGAGCGCAGGUCCACAAGCUCUGUCGAGCGCCUCCGCUGUGCAGGAAAGGAAGAGCCCUCGUCUUCCAGCGCACGGCGGCGCACCGGGGGGAAACGCAAAGCCCGCUGUGCCGUCGCGUCACUCGUGCUCGCCCGCGAUUUUUAACCGCGUGUCAGCCGCGCAGCUGAUCAAGCAAAUCAGCGGAGCCGCUGCGGGAGGCACCGCGUCCCCGCGUCGCGGCCCUUCCUGGACCGAACUGCCGCCUGCCGCGCGGGCGCAAAUCAUCGCCAUUCUCCAGCAGCAGCGCAUCAUCCUGACCAGUCGCGCCCAAAUCCGAAAGGCGGUCGAAGCCAUUCGGCGCGCGUGCGGCGGGAAGUCCCCUCAACGAUCUUCCUCGGGAUCCUCGGCCGCGACCAGUCGUCAGAGCUCGCGGGCCGCCAGCCGCGGCGCCGCAGCUGGCCGGAAAGUUGUUCCGAUAAGCGCAUCCACAUCGGGGAAUCCUGCGGCUGCGCCCCGUUCCCCUGCGCACCGCCACCACCCGAGCACGCCUCGUCGCUCUUCGGUAGGGUCGCGCAGCCGAAACCGCGUUGCCUCUGCCCAGACUGGACGCCCUCAAAACAACCGCCACUUGCGGCGCAGCCUGUCUGAGAACCACACGAGCCUUCGCGCAGCAGCGAGUGCACCGCGUCCUCUCGCGACUCGCGCUCGCGGAUCGCUCGGCGCGCUGGCGCCAGGCCGCACCCGGAGCAGCAGCCGACUGCUGUGUCCCCACGGCCUUCGCUACAAGAGCCUGUGUGCCUUUUGCGGCCACCCGGACCGUCUGCGGGACACGAUCGCGAACAGGGGAUUCGCUCAGCCCACCGUGGCGAGUCGGAUGCAGGCGACAGACGCCAAGAAACCCGGUUCCGCCGCUGGGAGGCGAGGCACGCCGCUCAAGGCGAACGCGAGCCGCGCGAAACUCUGGACCGCCGGAGGCGUGAGCAGCCACGCCGCGACCGCCGGCGCAGGUGCGCUGGGCGGGGUCGCGCCGGGAACCGUCAGCCAGGGAAGCCGCUUCAGCGUUGGAAGCUCUUGGACUUCGACCGGUUCCAUGAGUCGUGCGAGCACGGGAAGCAAGGCCCUCGACUGCAGCGUGGAUAUGCUCGACAGCCGUUCUCUCGGGGCGGCCCGCGGGCGCAGUCGGAGUGCCCGUCCUCUGCCGCAGCAUGCAAACCGCCAGAAGGGGACGCACGAGCUUCCUUCGGUGUUUGCGCGCCUGUGGGAAAGCGCCAUGGAGAAGCAGCGCGCGCGAUCGCAAGACCCGCCUCUCGCCGGCAGCACACGCUCCCACGCUCCGCGACUCUCCCUGGCGGCUUCAACUGGAUCCCAGAACUCCGCUGCCUCGCGCAGGCGCCUCAGCGAGAAAAACGCAAAGGGAAGCUCCGCGACUCCUCGGCACGCCGCUGGAAAUCCUUGCGGCGAAAGCGGCUCGGGAACCGAGAGCGCGGGGCGACGGGCACAGGCGCUGGGCCCCUCAGGGACCAACCUCGACGCGGGCGCCGCCGCGACACAGGCUGCUUCUGCACAGGAGAAAAACCAUCCGGCCUGGGUCGUGUCCGCCGCCGGCGCAGACCAUGGAGCCGGAAUGCAGCGAGCGCUUCUUGUGGCAACGCCGGCAUCCUACCUCUGCCCAGAGCACCUCCAACCGACCCCGUCUCCACCCACCGUUCCCUUGUGGCAAGCCGCUCAGUCUUACGUUCCCCACAUGGCGCAAGCGGGGCAGUUUCCUUCCCACGUCCAGAACCUCGACUACGGCUUCGAGCCUGCAACUUACCCCGCCCCGCGUGCUUCUAUGCCUCCGCCGUUGCAGGGGAAUCCGAACAAUCCUGUUUGUAUCGCCAAUCACCACGCGGUGCCGAACAUUCCUGGGCAGCCAGGCUUCCCCUCUGGCCCGCCCUCCGGCGCGCAGUUCGGUCUCUAUCCCAACAUGGGCUCCAGUGCCGUGCCCUACGUGAUGUCUCCGAUGCCGCCCGCACAGUCUCCGAAUCCUGCCCCGGUCGGAAAUGCAUCUGCCACGUUCAACCCUCUGUACCAGGCGCCAUUUCCGGCUUCUGCCAUGUCCCCAGCGCAGCAGCCGAGUCGGGGGCCUGUCGGCAAGUCGCAGUUCGUGUCGUUGCCGCACUCCCCUAUGCCUGGCGCCAGCCUGUCUCCCGCCUCGUAUUCCGCUCCGCACGGCGCCCCACCUGCGAGUGAGAGUGUAGACGCGGGAGACGAGAGACAGCUGAACGAAGGCAGGGAAGCCAGCACGCCUAUUGUCGGCCAUAUGCACCACCCGUCCGGCCUGGUGCCGUCUGCGUCGUCUGAACAGAGCACACGAAACAGGGAAAGCGGAAAGAUCGAAGGGGAUCACGAAGCGGCGCACGUCGACUCCCGAAGGAAAAGAGACCCCGCGGCGGGGUUGUCCUCGUUCUGCAUCAGCAACCUCCACAUUGCGUCGCGCCCCAUUCCUCGCGUCGUCGCUGCAAAGCGCCCUGUGGAUGUAUCCAGCAAAAAGGAGGCGGUGCAUGCGCACGAAGCGAGCGCCCCACGCGCCAAGAACGGAAAGGCUUCUGUCAGUCGCCCCGAACACCCAGACAAGAAGAAACCGACGGGGGGAAGUCCUCUAAAACCGAUGCAGAGUAAAGGCGGAGCGUCAAAAGCUGACGGACACGCAGGCGCUGCGUCGGGGCCCGUGAAGUCCCCGCAGCGAAAGCUGAGUUUGCCAGAGAUUGCGCCCGGAGGCGUCGACGCCAGUCGAGGGCAAAACCUAAGAGAGAUGUCUCGCCAAGAGUUGUGGCAAGACGCGUGGCAACGCCAGGUCGCGCAGUGGCAGCAACACCAAGCUCAUCCCUCAGGCGCGGGCGGGGAAUCUGUGAGCGCCGUGCCGCACACUCCUGUUCCUGCACAUCCAAGUGCAUCGUCUGUCAACGCUGGCCCCUCCUCCACGCCGAUCCCGUCUCCAAAGGAGAGUGUUCCUCAGCCCAACGGCGCAGGCGGUGUUGAACAGCAGUCCGGCUACCCCGGCCUCCCACAUGCGUUCUCUUUCUCCUCUUGCCCUCCCCUGCCGGUUUCUUCACCUUGCGGCAAUGGUUCGCUGGUGUAUGUGAACUCCCCUCCGAGUCCUGUCCAGUUGGAAUCUGCUGCGUCUGCUGUCCCCACUCCUGCGCCUUCCUCCUUGCAGGCGGGUUCUGAGCAGGAGUCCGGAAAAGACUCGGCCGCCUGGGGAUGGCCAGAGGCAGCAGAAGCGCUUGCCAUUUCCAUCGCUGAAGAGAACGGCGUCUAUCGCGAGGGUGACGAAGCGCAUGAGCCUGCGCGAGGCGCACCGCCCGUUGGGUCGUUGUCGCGGUUCGCUCGUCGUGCCGCCUUCCCGUGGUCCCCUGUAGCGCCCACGGAGAAGGCAGCAUCGCCGGUGACGCAGGCUAUUCCAGCUACGAAGCCGGGGGCGUUCCUUGCUUCUGGACUCCACAAAGACGCUCAAGGCCAGUCCUCCGGUGCGAUGCGGGCUGGUGCGAACUGCGCAACGAGCGGAGCGAUGCUUUUCAGAAUGGGAGGGACUGAAGACGGUGUCAAGGCCGUCGACUGGCAGCACUCCAACGUCUUUGUCUGUGGCCCGUCGGCUCUGUCGGAUUUUCACGCCGUGCCAGGACUGCACAGAACUCUCCUGGGCCAGCCCCCGUUCGUGCGCACCAAGCCGCAAAAAGCGCAGGGAUCGGGGGUCAUGACUCCGCGAGCGAGAGGGGCGAUGACGAAUCAGAGAAUGGUUGGAACUUCGACUGCUGCAUGGAGCUCCGCUGCCGAUACUCGCGGCUUCGCGUUUCAGUGUUGA